GAUUGCAAAAUUAGAAAUGUAAACAAAUUACACAAGCUACUGUCAAUUCCGUUCAGGAGUAAUAGAGAAGCAUGAGAAUUAAUUUAUUCAAUGUCCUUUAAAAUUAUAUGUAUACUUUAAAAACCUCUCAUUGCAAAGUGCCCCAGUCAAUUUUGUAUAUACAGAGAUUGGUCAUCCUCUCACUGCAAACGAAGUCAAGAACUAUGAAGCGGAUGAUAUCGGUCAACAUGAAUCAGAGCAACAAAUGAAGAAAUCUCCAUCAACUUACACGGUUGGAUGCCCUCCAAGAAAGAAGUUCCUCCAAGAAAGAAGUUCCUUAAAGAAUUCGCUGAUGGAUUAAAGGAAACGUUCUUCGCUGAUGAUCCCUUGAAGCCUUACAAGGACCAACCUAAAUCAAAGAAGUUCAUGCUUGGGUUGCAGUUUUUGUUUCCAAUCUUUGAAUGGGGAAGAAAUUAUAAUUUGAUUAAAUUUAAAGGAGAUCUCAUUGCUGGAUUAACCAUUGCAAGCCUCUGCAGAUCUCAAGAUAUUGAAUAUGCCAAGCUUGCAAAUCUAGAACCACAGCAUGGUCUUUGUUCUAGCUUUGUUCCGCCACUUAUUUAUGCAUUCAUGGGAAGUUCAAGAGACAUUGUUAUUGGACCCGUAGAAGUAGUUUCUCUUUUGUUAGGGUCCCUUCUUCAAGAUGAGCUUGAUCCCACAAAUAACAAAGAGGAAUACCUAAGGCUUGCAUUCACAGCUACUUUCUUUGCUGGUAUUACUCAAGCAUUGCUAGGAUUUUUAAGACUAGGAUUUCUUAUAGACUUCCUUUCACAUGCUACAAUAGUUGGAUUUAUGGCUGGAACCAUUACUAUUGGCCUUCAGCAACUCAAAGGUUUCCUUGGCAUAGAGAAAUUUACAAAGCAAACUGACAUCAUUUCUAUUAUGAAAUCUAUUUUUCGUCCAUUUCCUCACGGGUGGAACUGACCAACAAUUCUCAUAAAUGGACACGGGUGGAACUGACCAACAAUUCUCAUUGGAACAAUAUUCUUGGUAUUCCUUCUCGUUGCUAAAUAUAUGGGAAAGAAGAACAGAAAGUUAUUUUGGAUGCCAGCAAUUGCGCCGCUUAUCUCUGUUGUUUUAGCGACAUUUUUUGUCUAUAUUUUUCAUGCUGAAAGACACGGAGUACAAAUAGUGAAACACAUAAAAAAGGGAACCAAUCCCUCUUUAGAGCUUAUAUAUUUUUCGGGACCGUUUCUAGGGAAAGGAGUCAAAAUUGGCAUCAUUGCUGGCAUGAUUGCACUAACGAAAGCUGUGGUAAUUGGAAGAACAUUUGCAUCCAUGAAGGACUAUCAGUUGGAUGGAAACAAAGAGAUGGUUGCGCUUGGGACAAUGAAUGUCAUUGGUUCUCUAUUUUUAUUUUCAGUGACAGACAGAAAUAGGGUGUGUUUGCUCUGUUUUUCUUUUGCCUGUGAUAUAUCAAGUGAACAGAAAAGUUUUUUUCU